GGCCCAGCCCCCCGCCACAGGUCGGGGGACAUGCAAGCCAUCAAGUGCGUCGUGGUGGGAGACGGAGCUGUGGGAAAAACCUGUCUCCUUAUCAGCUAUACCACAAAUGCCUUCCCAGGAGAAUACAUCCCCACUGUGUUUGAUAACUAUUCUGCCAACGUGAUGGUUGACAGCAAGCCUGUCAACCUGGGACUAUGGGAUACUGCUGGACAAGAGGACUAUGACAGGCUGAGGCCGCUCUCUUACCCGCAGACGGAUGUCUUCCUGAUCUGCUUCUCCCUUGUCAGCCCAGCAUCAUAUGAAAACGUCCGUGCUAAGUGGUUCCCAGAGGUGCGGCACCACUGCCCUAGCACUCCCAUCAUCCUGGUGGGCACAAAGCUGGAUCUUCGUGAUGACAAGGAUACCAUUGAGAAGCUGAAGGAGAAGAAGCUGUCCCCCAUCACAUAUCCUCAAGGACUUGCUCUGGCCAAGGAAAUUGACUCGGUGAAAUACCUGGAAUGCUCAGCUUUGACGCAACGCGGCCUCAAGACAGUGUUUGACGAGGCCAUCCGGGCAGUCCUCUGUCCUCAGCCCACCCGGACAAAGAAACGAGCAUGCAGCCUCCUCUAAAUCCCGGCCCCAUCCUGAUGCCAGGCUCUGCCCAGCACGCAGGAGAGCAAUGGCUCCAGCAUCCCAGAGCUGAUGGCUCCAGCAUCCCGGAGCUCAGUACCUUGUGGCAGCCAGCGUGCUUUUUACUUCUGCUGGCUUGAAAGACUGUUGUGAGUCUGUAGCACUCGUUUGUCCAUUUGCACAACUUCCCCACACUCGCCCCAGCUGCCCCUCACUUCCUCACUGUCCCCCAGGUUACAAUGUAGUAAGUAAGACCCAAUAAACAGACCAUAGGUUCU